AUGACGGUCCCACGCAACCCAUCGCCGACGCGCAAUGCUUCGGCCAAUGCAGACAGGAAGCAACUCGCCGGCUACAACAUCACAGUCGACAAGGAAAUUGCGCUGCCAAGGGUGCUUGCCGAAUUUGUGGAUACACUCAAGCGCAGUCGCGACGUGCAGCCCUCUCCGCAUGCACAGAUGAUUGUCGACACACGACGGGCCGCCUCGGUGGAGAAUGAGAUCUUGGCUCGCCAGAUGCUGGCGGAACAUGUACUCUUCCGCGGCGAGGCCUAUAACGACGGAAUCAAGGGCUUGACGCUGAAGGACCAGGUGAACCUAGUCAAGGCCUUCACCCCUGCACCGCCGCGCAAAACUGUCCCGGAGCUGUGGGGCAAUCUCGCGCGCCCACAGCCCGACAGCUGCAUUGGCUAUAUCACCGCGGAUGAGGCAACCUCGCGCACGCCCGCCCUGCACAUGCCCUUCACUCGAGAGGAGGACGAGAUAGCCGAUUGUGUCGUUCAUCACGCGAACACGCACUUCCCCUUCUUGACUGCGCAGUGGAAGUCCGCCUGCUUCGGCGAGAGCCAGGUCCAGGCCUCGUACCAAGCCGCCCGCGACGGUGCCCUCAUUGUCAACUACAUGUACCAAUUCUACACGCUCGCAUACCCCAACCGCGCCCCCUCGCAGCUCGACACAUGCCAUAUGUCCGUCACGACAGAAGGUUACACCAUCACGCUCUGGAUCCACUGGCGUGAGAUCUCCACUGAAGAUGGCCAAGUCUACUUCCGCAUGGAAAUUGUUGACGCUGUGCACAUGAGCAAGGUGAAGGAUUUGCAGACUGUCCGUGGCAUCCUGCACAACUACGUCGAAUACGCACUCGGCCAGCGCUUGGCAACGAUAAAGACUGCGCUGCCAGCCUUCUGGCUGAAUCCUGCCAGGAAGAAGCCCAUGUCGCAACCCACAGGCACUGAUGCGAGUUCACACCUGAACUUCAAUGUGAAGCUGCCGACGCCGUCGAGUUCUGGAACAGCGGGCAGGCCGGCCAAGAAAUCCAAGCGCAGCUUACCGGAGGAGUCGUGA